UCUCUCUUUACACAUUUCUCUCUUUUCCUUUUACCUCCUCAUUAGAGAGAGAGGGUGAGAGAGGGCAAGACCUUUGACUGCAUACCUUAUGUUUGUGUAUGCAAUCAAAUAACAUUCUCCUCUAACCCAUCUCUCACUAACCCCCCCCCUUUUUCAAAUCAUGCACAUCAACCACAAUCAUUCCCAUUCUUCCUAAUUUUCUCAUCCAACAUUCUAGAUCAUGGGAGACAACGACACUCCAGCCCCUAAACAAUCCGGCUGCGGCCUCUUCCACCUCGUCUUCGGCCGCCGCAACAUCCAUACCACGCGCCGCUCCGCCUCCACCAGCUCCCUCCCGGCCCCCACCACCCGCGUCACCCGCUUCCCCAGCACCCCCUCCCAGAAAACCGGACCCAACGAUCAAAUUCCCGCCAAACGCCACCUCAGUUCUCCGGCAGCCAAAAAAUCCAAUGCCGCUGCCGCCACUGCCACCAAACCCUACGCGAAAAAGGCCAUGCAUGCCGGGCCGGGCUUCGGGCUUUCGGGCGAGCUCGACACCAUGAUCAACGACUACCAACGGGCCUCCCGGCCCGCGCUAUACGGCAACCUCGGAAACCUCCGGCAGGCCGGAAACGGCGGCACCGCCGCGCCAGAGGCCCACCAGCCGAGCCCGAGGUACGCCACGAGCGUGAUGGGCAACGUGGUGGCAAAGCCCGAAGCCAAGCCCGUGUCGCUGUGCCGGGCCAUAUCGACCCGGAUGGACCCGGAGGAGCUGAAAAUGCUCGGCAACGAAGACUACCGCAACGGCAGGUUCGCCGAGGCCCUGGCUCUGUACGAGGCCGCCAUCUCCAUCGACCCGGAGAAGGCCUCGUACCGGAGCAACAAGAGCGCGGCCCUCGUCGCCCUCGGGAAGCUUCUAGAAGCCGCCCUCGAGUGCCGCGAGGCCAUCCGCAUCGACCCUUUCUACCAACGCGCCCACAACAGACUCGCCCUUGUUCUCCUUAGAUUGGGAGAGGCAGAGAGGGCUCUGUUCCACUUCAAGCAGGCCGGCUCCGAGGCCGACCCCGACGCCAUCGCCAGAGCUAAGCAGGUUUUGAUCCAUUUGAACAAAUGCGGCGAGGCGAAGAUCCACAGAGAUUGGAUCACGCUCUUGAAGGAAUCAGCUCUUGCUGUCGACGCCGGCGCCGACUCUGCGCCUUCUGUAUUCGGAUUGAGGGCUGAGGCGUUGCUGAAGAUGAACAAGCAUGAAGAAGCCAUUGAAACAAUGGAGAAGAGCCCUGUUUUCGACGUCGAUCUCUGCACCAAAUUCUUCGGCCCUGUCGGGAGCUCGAGCUUGCUGGUAUUCCAAUCUCAGGUCCACUUAGCUGCUGGCAGGUUUGAUGAAGCUGUGGCAGCGGCGCAAGCAGCGGUGAAGCUGGACUCGAAAAGCAAGGAGGCGGUGGCGGUGGCGAAGAAGGCGAGGACGGUGGCAGCUGCGAGGGUGAAUGGCAACGAGCUCUUCAAGGGGGGGAGGUAUUCCGAGGCGUGCAUUGCGUAUGGCGAGGGGCUGAGCCACGAUCCGCAGAAUGCAGUCCUGUUGUGCAACAGGGCUGCGUGCAGAUCGAAGCUCGGGCAGUCCCAGAAGGCCAUAGAGGACUGCAACUCGGCCCUCAGGGUCCGACCGUCUUACACCAAGGCUAGGCUGAGGCGGGCUGAUUGCUAUGGCAAGAUUGGGAAAUGGGCGGCGUGUGUGGAGGAUUGCGAGGCGUUGUUGAGGGAGAAUCCGGAGGAUGAGGAGAUCGGGAGGAUGAUGAGGGAGGCGGAGGCGAAGCUGAGGAAGGGAGGUGGGAGGCAGGACUUGAACGGGGCGGGCGGGGACGCUGCUGGCUUGGCUGUGGUGGUGAGCAAUGAGCAUUUUAGGGAUUUUGUGGCUUCUUCUGGUACUUGUGUUGUUUUGUUCUCUACCAAGACAGCAGAUUCAAGAAUCUUGCAAGUUGUGGAGCAGCUCUAUCAGAGAUAUCCAUCUGUGAAGUUUCUCAAGGUGGACAUGGAGGAUCACGCUUCCUUGGCAAAAUCGGAGGGGGUGAACUCAUUCCCGGCCUUCAUAAUCUACACGAACGGAACGAGGGCGAGUCAGAUCGCAGGGGACAAGUUUGAUUUGUUAGAGACAUCGAUCAAAGGUUGCAUGAGAUCGUGAUCAUCUACACAAACACGGGACAAAUUUGAGAUCAAUGGGAGGAAAAUUGAUGCUUUUUUAGUAGGAAAUACCACAGAAAGAUUGAUCUUUUAGGACAAAACAAUGAACCAUAGGAUGUGAAGUGAAAGAAACAUUUGCUUCUCAUCAUUUCUUGAUUUCUUGUAAUGAUGCAUUUGUGUUUGUCUAGAGAAAAAGAAAAAGGGACAGCAUUCUUACACCAAUCUUUGAAGAAAUUCUUUUCUUUUUCUUCAGAAAAAGAAGUUUUGAAAUUUCGAAUAUGAGUGGAAGUUUCCUUUCCCUCCAAUUUCUUGAAUGAGAUUAUGAUAAUUGAUGUUUAAUUUUGUUUAAUCAAUCAUUAGUGGGAUUGAAGGGCCUACUAAUUAUGGUUGUUAGGGUGCGUAACAGCUAUACUUGGGUCAAUUAGAAAUUUAGGA